AUGGCUGCAACGACACAGGCCAACGUCGCAGGUCCUGGAAAGGGAGUCUUGCCGAAUCCCUUCGAAGAGGAGCUUGAGAAAUUCAAGAAUCAAAUCAAGAUCAAAGAAAGAGAGUACUUCAAGUUUUCCUCAGAGACCGAGUUCUGCCAGGAAAUUGACACCUUACAAAGCAAGUUACACUCAGGAAGGCGACAACAGAACAUGACGAGGCUCAAAGGGUUCGUAGAAGCAAUGACACAAUUUGGAAAAGUUAUCGAUGUGUUCUGUCAGACUUCCGAGGUGCUUGCAUUUGUUUGGGGACCCUGGAAGCUGCUUCUUUUGGUGGCUGACACGUUUUCUCACGCGUUUUCGGAGCUUCUGGACACCUACGAACAACUUGGCGACACCCUCUUGCUUCUUUUGCAGACACGAGAACUAUUUCCUAAUGACGCUCAUAUGGCCAAGAUUCUUUCAAGUAUCUACAAGGAUGUUCUUGAGUUCCAUCGGCAGGCAUUCAAAUACUUCCAGCAACCCAGUCAGUGCUUCAUCAACAACUCUUGUUACUAG